AAAAUGGAAACUAAAGAGACGAAAUAUCGAAGGAAAAAGAUGAUGGAAUAAAAAGCCAUUCUUUGCUUCACCGAAAAGUUUGUUCUUUAAAGCUAUGCAGACUCUACUCUCGCCGGCAGCUUGCUCCGGCGUCGCACUAUCAGCUCCGCCGUUCUCGUCGAGGAUAGCAAAGUUUCUGCCCUGCUAUCUCCACCGCCCAUUGAUUUCCUCUUACGCCACGCCUAACCUUCGUUCAUCUCUGUCUUCAGUAAAAUCACUCCAAUUUUUAUCUUCACCCAACUUGAUUCUCAAAAAUUAUGGUAGAAAUACCCUUGCUUCCUCCCCCAUUGCUGCAGCUUCUAGUUCUCCUAGUGACGAUUCAGAAAAGGCCAAACUAGCUCAGGUUUCAAAAAGAUUAGAGAGCACAUCUAGGUAUUUCAAGAGAUUGGGAGGUUUAGGAUUUUGGGGACAGUUAGUUUGCACGGUUGUUGCUGCUGUGAUCCUUUCAUUUUCAGUUGUUAUUACUGGGAAGGUUACAUCACCAGCUACCUUUUAUGCAACUGCUGGUGGUAUUGCAGCUGCUUUCGUCUCUGUCUUCUGGUCAUUUGGCUAUAUUCGUUUAUCUGAUAAGCUUCGAAAAACAGCUAACGAUCCUUCGAAGGCUCCUCCUCGUGCGGAUGUCGUAAGAAGCCUGAAAAAUGGAAUAGUAGUAAACCUGUUGGGGAUGGGUGCUGCUAUACUUGGUAUGCAAGCAACUGUUGGUUUGUUGGUGGCUAAAGCUCUUACAACUUCAGCCAAUCCUUAUUACCAGGGUAUCCCUCCUGGUAAUAGUCCUGUUCUUGCCUUGGAUGUGUUCUUGGUGCAGGCAUCUGCAAAUACUAUCCUUUCACAUUUUUUAGGGCUAGUGUUCUCGUUGGAGCUACUGCGUUCAGUGACAUUACCACCUUCUGAAAGUGUUCCAGUAUUCAAGACUGCAUGAACUUUUUGAAAAGGCUGCGAAAAAGAUGCUGGCCGCCCAUGAGGAGGGCAGGGAGUCGUUCGUGAGAUUGCAUUGAACUUAGUCACUUGCUUUCUUUAUGUAGCAACACUCUUAUUUGAUGCAGUUUAGACUGAGUUAUUGUACUCAAUCCAUCAAGCUUUUGAAAAAUAACAUCGUGUUUGUUUUUUACCAGUCCGUGAGUCAUUAUCAUGGUAGGGGAAAAACUCCAUGUUCUUUGAAAAAAAAAAAUGCCGUGAGUACAGGAAAUUUUUUACAGAAUAUGUACCGAAGUUGAUGUGACAGUGCACAGUUGGACAUUUUUCUUUUUCCAUCUUCCAA